GAGGGGCGUGGCCAGCAGCUAGCGGUCCCCAUGGCAACGCUGCGGACGCCCCGUACAUACGGCGGCCGGCCGGGGUCCCGUUCCCUUCCGGUGCAGGCUCCGCGCCCCCACUCCCCGGCGGCGCUGCCGCCAUGUUAGCCGACGAGCAAGAGGAGGCGGAUUUCCAGCGGUUCCUCCGUCGCGUGGACGACAUCACCAAUUUAGUCGAAGGCUUGAAGUCCACAGACCCAGCUAUCCAGGAAAAAGCCCUUGCUGAGACAGAGAAAAGGCUCUGUGAUGAAGAGGCUAGCGAGGAGGAAGAAUGCAAGACGAAGGUGAACAGAACAGCGAUCAACACACGACCUUCUGGCAUGGAAAAUGUGGAGACAGUGAACUCAGAUGGCUUUCUAGCAGUUUUGGAAAAGGAUGCGAGAGAGCGUGCUAAACGAAGGAAGAGAAAUGAACAUUUAGCAAACGCUCUGAAAGAGAAAGGAAAUGAUGCCUUCAGGAAAGGAGACUAUGUCACAGCCAUUCAGAAAUACACUGAAGGCCUAGAAAAACUGAAGGACAAGCAGGAACUUUACACAAACAGAGCACAGGCCUACAUGAAGAUGCAUGAGUAUGAAAAAGCCAUUGGUGACUGUGAAUGGGCUUUAAAGUGCAAUGAAAAAUGUAUUAAAGCCUAUUUUCAAAUGGGUAAAGCUCACCUGGCACUGAAGCACUUCAGUGAGUCCAGGCAGUGCUAUCAGAAGAUCUUAGAAAUUGAUCCCCGAAAAGAAAGCCUGUUUAAAAAUUGCAUGAAUGAAUUAAACUUGGAGGAAAAAAGAAUGAACGAGGAAGAGAGAGCAUUGAAGGAAUUUCAGUCUGGCAAGUUUACAGCUUUAUCAGUAAAAGAACUGCUGCACAAACUUGAUAGGCCUGACCAGAACAUUCUCUACUAUACAGGAGGGAUCAAAGUUUUGACAGGAGCCAUCAGAGACUGCACUGAGCAGACUUUAUUUAGAACAAAUGAUGGAUUCAGUAUCAUCAAUGACAACAAGGUCAUAAGACAGGGCUUCUGUGCAGAGAGGAAAGAUGCUGCUGAAGUGGAGCUAUCUGUUUCCCUUGUCUUCCUUUGGCAAGCUGUCUGCACUGGGAAUGAGGAAAAUCAGCGUCUUCUAUUAACUCACCCUGACAUGAAUGUACAGCUGUCCAAAUUGCUUUCUUCUGGGGUACCAGAGAUCCAGAAGGAGACCUUGGCACUAAUCUCCCUCUACUCAGAGACUGAGAAUGGGAGGAGACUGCUGGUCAGGCACCAGGACCUAACCAAGUGGCUACAGGUUUUGAUGAUGUUUGUCAACAGCCCUGAUGCCAGGGCUAGCAGAGCCAUGAACAUACUGACUGAUCUAACCAAAGAGGAAAAUUUCAAAACCCAGUGUCGCAUGAAGUUUUCCACAGAUGUUUUACCUUUAUUCAGCCAGUUGCUGACCUCUGCCAAGCUGGUGAACUGGACAGCCCUUGCCCAUUGUAUUGGCAUCAUGGGGGAUCUGUGCGCAGAUGUAGUCAUGCGAAAGCAGAUGGCUGAUUGCCAAGAGUGCUGGCAGGCCUGCUUAAAGCUUGUGGAUGAAUGUCUUGGUGGCAGUGCACCCAAAUACCAUGAGUGCUUGUUUGCAGUGCUGGGCCUAAUAAUGAACUUACUGCUUGAAUCAAAUGAAGCCAUCCAGUAUUUUGCUGUGGAUGUAAGCAGGAGAUGCAUGCCUCUCCUCAGCAGUAAGGAUGGAAGGAUUGUGACAAGAGCCAUUGGAGUGCUCAGUCGCAUCCUGCCAGCAUCCUCCUUGGCAAUAGAAGAAGUAGUGAAAGGAGGAGUGGUGAAGAAAAUGAUCAAAUUCCUGAAAGCUGGAGGACAGAUCACAUCCAGUUAUGCUGUGAAGACCCUUUGCAUCUGCACAAAAAGUAACAGUCAAGCUCAAGAAGAGGUGGUGAAGUCAGAUAAAAGUGCCUCCAGAAAUGAAGAGCAUGGCAGUGAACUGUUAGACCAGAACUUUCCUGGAGAAGCCCAACUGAGAGCUGAGAGCAGCCCAGUGACCAGUGAAGUGCUUUCCAUUACAGAAGAUAAUUUAGACGAGGUGACCUUUGAUUUUCAGACUCCAGCAGUUGACUCUACCACUGAAGUGACAGCUGACUUCAUUCCUGUGCAAACAGAGGAAGCUGCGAAAUUAUCGGCUGUGGUGCCUAAAGGAUUGGCUAGACAUCUGGGGGGUGCUUAUCAAUUGCAGAAAGAAGCAGCAGCUUUAAAAUUCCAGGAUGGAGGCACAUUUCCUAGCAGGCUUUUGAGUAGCCCAGGCCUCCCUAUCUCAAGGCAAGGAUCACAGUCAACCAGGCACCAGGAGCAGCCAAGCAAGUCAUUACCAGGUAAACCAGAAAGAGAAAAUAAUACUGAGCCCAGUAUUAAACCUCCCAGCUCUGGUGCUGGUUUGCCCCAGCCCAGUCACAGUGGGGGUAUGCGUCAAGAUUCUCUGGAGUUUGCAGCUGUCUUUUCUAUUCCUGCUAUCAAGCAGACAGAGGUGCCAAGUCCUAAAAUGUCUCUUUUGACUUCAACAGUCAAUUUCCAUACUCCAAGAAAAGAAGCAGCAGGCUCUCCAUUUUCUAGCACAGUUAAGAUGGCUCUUGAAAGUGCUAGGGUGGAUUGGUUACCAACAUUAACGCCUUCAGCUAGCAAAAGGCUGAAAGACACAAAUGUAGAAGGCCAGCCUGAUAGCAAAGCUGGUGUCACACCUGCAUCCCUGAAGAAGAUUCAAAUUGUGGAUGCUAGAGUUACAACUCCUGCAUUCUUUCAAAAGCCAGCCUCAGGGAACCUUGAUGCAGUCUACUCUAGAAUGAUGCAAUCAACUGCUGUCCAGUUUUCCCCUACUUUCUCUCUGAAGGAAGAAACAACAGACAGUAAAGCCAGAAACUCAAAAGCAGCUGAAAUGAAGGGCUCUAGAUCCCCAAGCCAGCUGCCUGCUCUCCAGACACUCCCACAGGGCAAUGUACACUCUUCAUUAUUGAUGCCUCUGGAAACACUAGUUAAUAGUGUCUUAAUUCAAUCUUCAUUUCAAGGGCCCAGGAAAACAACUGAUAGAUCACAGUCCUUCUCUUUGUCCCAGACUCUGAACUGUACUAAACAUGUUUCUCAAGGAACCAAGAGCAGCUCUCAAAGUGGAGUGCUAGUUUUGCAAGGUGAUGCUAAUCAUCAGACAAUUACUAGGAAACCUGAAACAGCUGGAUCCCCUUCUGCUAACUCAUUCCCAUUAAGCCAGUCACAGAUGUCAGAGUUAAAAUUUUCCCAAACUACUAGAGAGAGAGGAGUAACACCUGCCUUCUUUCCAGGUACAUCUACUUUUGUGAAUGCAGGCCUUCAGCCUCUAAGCACAUUUGAUUCUGUUCAUGCAGGACAUCAGCCACCAGCUACAUCUGCUCCUGUUUAUGCUGGAUUGCAGCUAAGGGGCGUCUCUACUUCUGCCAAGGAGGGAUUUCAUGUACAGAUUUCAUCUGCUUUUACUAGUUCUGGGUCUCAGAUUCAAGCCACUUCUACCCAUCCUGGAUCUCAGGAAACCUUCCCUAUGAAGCUACAUAUGAGCACGGUGAAAGACUCCAAGGGAAAGACAAGUCUGUCGCAUCAGAUAGAUAAGGCUGGUUCUCCCGAGCUGGGUCCACAAGCUAGCACAACCUCCAGCCCCCCUGGAUUGUAUGAUGACAGUAACCAGAAAGUUUCUCUUCAUGGCUUUAUUUCUUCAGCCUCACAGAACCAGCAACCUGGCAGCCUAGAAUCUUUUCCUCCAAAAUUGGCCUUGCUCCACACACAAGGAAGGCAGCCCAGCUCAACAACAGCACAUCCUGAACCGGUGGUGCCCAGUGGCUCUCAUGAGAUCCUGGCACAUGUGGCACAAGCACUAGUUCAGCAGUCUGGUAUGCUGGAUGAUACAGCUGCCAAAAACCUCAGUGACUUUAGAGUCAAUCAACUUACAGUCCUACCAUCAUCCCAGUAUUUGUCUUUUCUGCUUAGAAACAGUAAUGGCAUAAUGUGCUUGCAGCCCAUGCAAGACUCUGCUCUGCCUACAGGAUUCCCAAACACCAGUAUUGGGACUCUGGUUUCCAUUCAACAAAUGCUGGCAGCAUCCAAUUCUUCAGCAUUAGAUCUUGUAAACUUAAAAAAUCUGAAUCUUUCUAGCUUAAUUCUGGUUAAGCCUGUAUUUAUCCUUUUGCCUACUGAGACACCAGAGUUCCAGAUACCGCGUUCUCCUGAAGGUGAGGAUGACCACAAAACUGUGUUAUCUUUUACUAACAAGCAAGAUCUGAAUUUGGUUACUCCUGAAAGCAGCCACAAUAUUCCAAUGAAAACUAGUUCCUCUUAUUCCACUAGUAAGCCUUUGAGGCCUGAAACUACACUCUCUGCUGCUUCUAACCAGUCAGUAGAGAAAAUAGAAGUAAUUUCUCAGCCAGUGGUGAUUAAUACAAAUUCUACAGCCAGUACUAGUUUAUUUCAAGCUGUGACCUCAAUAUCAAAUCACUUGCUGCAUCCACUGACAAGGGUUAGCACUACAGUGCAGGCCACCCAUCUGCAUGGUCUGCCUGAAGAGAUUCAGUUAUCUGCUCCCUAUUCCCAAGACAGCAGAGAGACUGAUAUCCUUUUGCUUAAUGGAGGGUUUGCAGAGCCUCUCACCUCUGCUGUGCCACCAUUAGUGUUGUCUACACAGCAUAGCCCCUCUCUCUCCCCAAAAGUAUUUUUCACAGCUGAAAAGCCAAGCUCUUCUGUAAUUUCUUUACUGUCAGCAAAGAGACUCCCUGCUUCUGGAACACCAGCCCAACCUCUGUUUACUGUGGGAAGGACUGUGGAUCACUGUCAGCACAGUAUAAAACUAAUGCUGCAAACAACCAGCCUUCACCAAGGCGUAGUGACUACAUCUUCCUCCAUCAAUACACAGCGCACAAGUUGUUUGAACUUGCGCUCAGCUGGAACCAUAAAACACCCAUUGAAGAUGUCUACAAACAUCGUGCCUUUACAGUCUGCUUCACAAAGUGUCCCAAGCAUGGCAUCACUUCAAAGACUGCCAGCACAAGUACAGUUUGUGCCCAGCACACUGCCAGCUUUCUCAGCGCUUUCACCUGGUAACAACUACAACGAUUCAGCAGCAGGAAGCAGUGCCCGUUCAGGAGGAGUCACUGCGCAUGCUACAGUGGUACAAACACCCACCACUUCUAUAAAACCUCAUCUUACUAAACACUUGGUAUUUACUCCUACUGUGCCUAAGUCCUUUGUGGUCACAGAGAGACCAACAGUAGCACCCGUGCUUGAUCCAUUUUUAACCAAGGUCCAAGCAAAAACAGCUGUUUCUGGGAAACUGUUGGCUGCAGUUACGCACACAGGGAUACAUGCCAAGUCUCCUGCAAGCCUACCUUCAUCUGUGUCAACAGAUGCCCCCCUGCCAUCAGCUCUGAAAUAUGAGCAAACUAGUCUAGCACCUACUAAAUUGCUCUCACGCACCAGCGUGGGAGAAAAUGCAAAACCAACUCAAAUCAGCACAAGUGCAAGAAAAAUAGGAGCUAGUGCACUUUUGGGAACAAGCGUGUCUCUGCCAGCCAUGUUUAACACAAGGACACAGCAACCCUCCGCAGCAGUUCUUGGCAGUAAGGUUGCUUUAACUCUGGUACAACCAUCUGUGCCUGCAGGAUCUGUUGCUCUUGAGAGAGAGCCUAAAUUAACACCAAGCACAUUACAAUCUCCCUCAGCAACGACUUUCCUCUUUACAGCUAAGAAUGAUCAUACGACUGCUUCAGUUACAAAAAAAAAAGUAUUUCUUCUGCCAGUGUCAACUAUCAGAUCUGAUCCAUACAUGGUUCUUCCUACAGCUGCCAAGGUGAACAAAGCAACUGUGGUCUCCCCAUCAAUAGGGAAGAGUGAUGGUGUGUUAAUGAAAGAGGAAUAUUCAGCAGCAACUGGCCGGCUGCCCAUUCAGGCACCUGUAUUUUCAUCACAUCAGGCAUCAGCAAGUCUACAGAGUCACCCUUUGGAGAAAAUAUUAUUGGUAGAUAAUACUGAACAACAGCCUGGUCAUUCAAAUCCUGACACUGGAUUCAUGCAGGUCACUGGGUCAUCUACAACAAAAGUUGUAAACAAGGUUAUAUAUCAGUCACCUGACUUAAAUGCAGUAGCUGUCAAUGAUGCUGAGAUGCUUCUAAACCAGUUCCUUCCAAGCCCGCAAAGCCCCUCAUAUUCUUCUCGGAUUCUGGUAGCACUUACACCAGAGAGAAAUUCCCUGCCAGAUGUUAUGAACACUGGACAGUCUGAGAAGCCGUUCUUGAAUGCAGAAACAGAGGAGAUGUUUAAAACAAAUGAAGUGACUGAAGAAGCAGCUGAAGGCUUGGUAACCGUCUUGACACUGCUGGAUUCUGAGCCCAGACUACUGCUGAGUGAAUCACGCCAGAGAAGUGUUUUGCAGUCAGAUGAUGUCCUUCUGAAUGGCCAUGCAGUUGUGACUGAUGUCUGUGGCUCUGAUAACUACACUGUACAGAUGAGCCUGCGCCCUGCCAGAGAAGCAAGCUCUGAGGUCCGUGGGUCACUGCUUUCCCAGGAGACUUUCCUGGCUUUAAUCACUCUGCAGAGUAACAGCAGCCACCCUGUGCUACAAAUCCGGUCAUGCUGUGUGACCCCUACCACCAUGCCAGAGGGACCAGAUGCCACAUGCUGUUUGUUCCACAGGUUGCCAUCUGAAUGCAGACAUAUCCAGUUACUGCAGAGCAGUCAGUCCAGAGCUGCUAGUUUCGCCAUCCAGGUGUUCCAGAUGCUGAAUCACUCAGUGGCCUAUUUGCACUGUGAGCUUAAUGUCUGUCUGCAUGGCAAAACAGGGUGUGAACAGGACUGCUUUGAAAGUGUGGAGAUGCUUCCCCCACCAAGUGAUAGGAACAGCUAUGGAAACCUGCACAAUCUGAUCUCAUUUGGUCCAAUUUUGAGAACGAAGAACAGGUUUCUGUAUAAACCUGUGGAAGGUCCUGAUUCUGCUAUGUUGGUACCUGUUCUGCUGGGAUCCCUUACUGGUUUUGCUGUCUUGGGUGGUGCUUUCCUCAGCCUCUGGCUGCAUCACAGACGGAGCACCAAAAACCUUGGUUAUCCACCACUUGGGGAGAUCCAAGGCCUGUGAACUAUGAGCAGCUGACUGCUCCUGCAGGUUGCACGCCACCACUACACUGAUCAGAAAAGCACUUGAUUUUGUUUUGCACACUGUAUUGCUUUUAUAGAGCUUCUGCUGACCCAGGGAGCAAGGGAUCCAAUCUCUGCUUUAAGCACAUCUCUCCCUUCUUUCCUUCUGCAGGAGAGAGUCCAAAACCUGCAGAGUAGAGAGAGGGCUGUAGUAGGGGUACAGCUGUAAAGGAGACGAGAACUUAGAAUGCUAUAUCUGCACAGCAGCAGCACCCAGUCUACUCACAGAAAUGGGAAACCAGACAGGAAAUCAAAGUGCAGAAGAGAGAUGUAAAAUAAAACACUGUAAAGUACAGCCAAGACAUCAAGGAAAAUGAAUGGCUAUGAAAAAAUAACAAAACCUGAGAUUGCUAUUUGGAAAUGUGGUCAAGGGUCCAAGAACUCCAGACAUCCAACCACUCAGCUUGUCAGCUUUUCUCAUGUCUAAGAUGCUGAGUUCCCUUUAUUCUUUUGCUUCACUCAUUACAGUGUUUUCUUGCUUUCAGUGGAAGCAAGUUUCCAGUAGCUGCCUGUUGGUAAAAUCCAAAUAGUGGGUGAAAGUUAAGAAUUCAGGAGUUUUCUCUACAAGCCUGAAUUUCAGAGCACACAGAAAAGAACUUGCCACAUCCAAAUCCUAGGCCUAGUUUCUUUGCCACUGUUGUCAGAACAGCAGACAGUGGAGGGGCAGUUGCCAGGGCAGCUUAUGUCAAAUGCAACAAAAGUACCUUGCACCUCUAUCUCGAUCAGCUUUCCUCCAAGAAUUUCUUCAGAUCUGAUAAGCAGCUAAAAAUCCUAGGUCAAGAUUCAGUGACAAUUUACUAUUCAGAAAUAGUAAUUAUCUGCACUGCAGUAGUGCUAAAGGAAAUGGUAGCACAUGGUAUUUGACGUGGACUUGCCUACAUAGAAUGAAAAUGUCUCUGUGCUAAAUCAUUCAUGAUCUCCGUGUGAGAGGCUGAAUCAGAAGACUCCGGAGGACACCAGAUAUGCCCCCUUCUGCUACCUCACUUCUUGAGAGAAUCCUCUUCAACCCCUCUGACCCAUCUCCAACCACAGGAUGGCCCAAGACCCACCUGGCAGAGAGCUCUGGCAUUUCGCUGGUUGUGCAGUGAUGUGUUCAGAUGUAACUCUGACGGCUCUGGUACAAGAGUGAGGUUCUUCCUCCAGCAUGAAUGUGAGAAGCUGUUCCUUCAACUCUCCCCGCCAAGUGUAGGGUGUAGGAGCCUUUGGCUUACAGGCUUGCCUCCCACUGUAGAUUGAAUGGGGGAUCCAGUAUCCUGCCUUGCAUGGUGAAGGUAGGAUUGGUAUCUUGGCAAUAUGGCCUUGCUAUUCUCUGCCUUCAGAUUUUGAAGGAAACAUUCCAGAUUUUUGGUACAUCAGAAAGAUUUUCUUCCUCUGGCUGCCUACAGGAGAUGAGGUUUAUAAUAUUAUGAAGGGAUAUAAUUGACUUUGCUUUCAAAGGAACCAUUUUCCUUGGGGAAAUGGAUGAUGUUACUUUCGGAAAAAGUUGAAAAGGUUCAUUAACCGCUGCCUGAUAACAUCCAAAUAGUCUGCCUUGAUAAGGUAAAAGAAAAAUUUUUCUCCUACUAAUUUCAUUUUGAUUUUUAUAUUAACUAAAAAUAUUCAUGUAUAAUGUAUUUGAACUGUUUCUCAUGAUGUUUUGACAUUGAAGUGAAAUCUUUAGAUAUUAUAAAAAUGAAUGGGUUAUAUUAAAAUAAUUCUCUUAGCUUUUGCCAUGGGUGGAGUAAAGAGCUGUGCAGGUAAUGAUUUGAAAUGCUGGAGAAGUUUUGUUUUGCAGGGAGCUUAAAAAUGUACCUUUUCAUUCUAUUUUUUGUAACAAAAAACAAGUUUGAGGUACCUAGAAAUACUUUGAGAAUGGAAAUAGUUUUUGCCCACCUUCUGUGUCUUCCUGGUUGUGGUGGCUACCUUCCAGAGUCAGCUUAUGAGGCAGGCUUUCAAAGGCAUGGAGAAGGAAGGGGACAGAAACAGUGGGAUUGGAGGCUGCCGUAAGUGACAUGAAGGAAUUGUGAAGCCUGUCCCCAUCAUACAAUAUGGGGCAAAUCCUCCAUUAAGUGGUGCAAAUAGCUCCUUAGUGACCCUCCUUCCUUUCCACAGUUAAAUCUCCGCAAGGGACUGCUCAUGUGAUAUGGAGAUUGCAGACACAUCAGCUAUAUUGUUUGAGAUGGACUCCCAGGUUAGUUCUCGUUCAUGCAUGAUGAUCAUUUUCAUGAGAACGGAGCACUGUGCACAGAGAGCAUCCACAGAAUUGCCCUUCAAGUGAUGGGAGAAUAUCAUUCACUAAAUACAUUCCCUGUUCUUUUUUUCAGCCAUCAUAGUAUUUCUCUUCCAAAGAGCUGAACCCAUCUGUUUAGCUUUUAAGCCCAUCUUGGAAGUCCAGAGUUGUUUCCCAAUGUUGGCUGCUAAAUGUGCCCUGUCUCCAGUCCAGAUUCCUUCAUAGUAAAACUUGUAAUGCUUUGGAAGUACUUAAAUGUUGUUUCCUUAUAGAUUGUCCUUUCGAAGCAAGUGUGUUUUUAAUUUGCUUAACUGCAGUUGAGUCACAGUGAGCAGUCUCCAAAGCUGCUCAGAGAGUUCAUGUUGUGUAGUGAGUGUCCCUUCUUUUAGGCUCUGUAGAAGGGGGAGGCUGGGAGCUUGGUGGUCCAAACAGCCUCCUGACUGCCAGAUGGGUGCUGGGGGCUUUCAGGGUGUGGUGGGCAGGAGAAGCCCCAGACCUGGGUUUUAGAGAGAGACAAGGAAGGAAGGAGCUUCUGGAAAAGUUACUGAGAGCUGUUUUGCUUCAUCUUUGGGUGAAAGGUUAAAAUUACCUUUUUUCUGCUGGCAGUGACUCCCGCCUGGGGGGAGGUCAGGUGCUUUCUCUGGGGACAGGCCUAGUUAACACCAGCUGCGCUGACCAUGGGGGUGCCCAGGGCUCCUGUGCACAGAGCAGGACUCAGACCAGCGCAGCCAUUGCUGUUAUCCUGCACCCCGCUACAGAAACAGCGCUCCUUACAGCUGGUCGCAAGCAGUGGGCUCUUUGUAGCAAAUCGGAAGCUUCUCUAAUUAACAUGUCAUACUUUUCAUACUCAAACAGCUUGGUAGUCUCUUGCUGAGACUUAAGCUGUUUAGCUGUUGUUAAGCUGUCAGAGGCAUAACAUUAAAGAACUGCGAGGCAUCGACAGAUAGCUCUCCCUUGGUGUGACAUUUUUACUCCAAUAUCGCUUUGAAGCUAUUUUUCUUAGCAGUGAUGCUUGAAAUUCUGCAAAAUGAUGGAUGUGACUGGCAGCAGGAGUAUCAGUCUCGCCGUAGUGGUAAUGCCUUAAAAAUUAAAAUCAGCAACAAGAAACCCCAAAACCUCAACAGUAACUGCAGUAAGGCCAGGGUGGGUUUUUGUUGAUCUGUCUUUUCAAGGGCCCAAAUUUGUGACAUAAACCUCUGCAGUUCAUUUUACUCCCUUUAAUCUCUGAAUAGCAGACAAAGAAAAGUGAGGCAGGGAGGACUGACUUGCACCAGCUGUGCACAGUUCAACAACAAGCUUCACAGUUGUGUUCAUCAGCAGGCUGGGCUGUAUGGAGGCACAGUGAAAAGUAACAGCAUUUAUACCGCAAUGUAAGGGUCAGGGUCAGAUCCAAGGCUGGCAUAGUUGGGUCUGCUGCCCUUUGGAAAGAAUCUGCAUCUGCUUUAGGCCAAAAGGCCUGCUGCCAUGAGACUCAAAUGUGGACACUGAUGCAUCCUGGUUUUAGUGGUAAAGCAGGCAAAACAGAUCGGUGGAGCACAGGAGACCUUGCAAAUUGUUGUGUGAAUAACCAUGAUCCAUGUCCAUCAAUCGCAGCAAAAGCUUUGCUUCCCUUUUCCUUCACUUCCCCACACUUUGCUCCCUACGUGUUCACUUCUUUGCUGGUGUCUCUGUGUUCCUAUAUGUGAUGGUAUUUGUGAGGGGAAUAAUUGAAAAGCAACUGGGGAACAUGCUGAUGUGGCAUGGAAGACUGAAGAACUUUUUUCUCUUGUAAUAUCAGUACUUGUUUUUUAAUGUAUUUGAUCUUGAUGUCAGAUAAUAUCACAUCUUUUCUUGCAUACUUCUUCCUCUCCUCAGAAACAGUAAUGUUACAGUACUGUUUGGUUUUCAACAAGUUAAAUCAAAAGCUUUAAGAUACCAGAUUCUCCCAUAAAUGCUGAGCGAGGACAGGUAUUAAAGUUUUAAUUAUUCGGUAAUGAUUAUGUCACCUUGGGUUUUAUGCUUGAUAUUUAUGUCCAGCUGUGAAAGUUCUGCAACUGAAAUAUAGAAAGCAGAUUGUGUACGUCUUCAGAAAUCAGGACUCAGCUGUGAGUCCUGAGCUUUUGCAAAACUUCUGGCUUUACUGUGUCAGUGACUACCAACUGCUUGUCAGAUAGAAAUAAUGACAGAUAUUCUCAACCCUCACUUUGUGUAGACAGAAAACUUGGGUGUGGGCAUGGAUUUGUUUUUCACACAAGGCAGCCUAUAUCCUGUUUUGAGGAUCUUAACAUGGUAACAUAAAUGUUAAUAACAACGAUACAGGUCUUCAGACACAGCUUGUAUAAUUCAGGACACUGGUUAUCUCAUGAUCUGAUUAAUUUUACCCAGUACAAUAAUGUCAGUUACUUGCAUGAAACAAACAGGAUGCCCCAAAUCAGGGAAUUAACCUAGAAUAAGCCUCCUCUUUAAAAUUUGCAAAGAUAAAAACAAAAACAAAACAAAGAAGUCCACCAUUCAAGUUUUAGUCCUGUUGGAACAUUGAUCAUACAGUAUGUGUUGCUUGGUAACCAGUCCUGAGUAAAACAAAGAGGAUAGUCGGAAGAGUCCUCCCUGGAAUAAUAAUAUCUUGCAAUUAUGGCCAUCAGAAAGAAAAAACUGUCACAAGGAAGCAGUGUUCAGCUGCUCCCUCUAAUCUAGGGAGGAUCCUCAAAUGCCCAUUUCACAACAAAGAGUAAGAUUUUAUUAUUAUAAUUUUUUUUCCCCAAUUCACUGCUGCUGUGCAGAUUUCUCCAUUUGAAGCUCUGGUCCUAAAGCUGCUUUCAUAUGCCUGAUUUGUUCAGAGAUAAUCUGUUCUUCAGAUGUUCUGCAAAAUGGCAGCUGUGGGCAUUAUCCAGUAGAGGAGAGAGGACUGUCUGGAUGGCAUACUUCAGACACGUGAACCUUUUAUGUACAUCUUUCUCUCAACUUUCCCCAGCUGAAUCAAAACAGCUAAAUUGAAUGUUUCCACUGCUUAAUAUCACGUGAAAUAUUUACACAGGAAAAAAAAAAAACUAAUUGUCACAUAAUUCAGCAGCUCAUUUCCAUCAUCACUCUGACAGAAAAACAAAACUCAGCUUUGUAUGUCAUAGAACGUUCUCUAGAGGAGCUUAAUUAAAUUUAUAUUGAAAAUAACAGGGGAUUAAGAAGGCACAAGAGAAAUACAUUCCUCUUGCAGAGCAUAACUGAGGUGGUAAAAGCACUUUUCAGAGAAAAUUACCUGUUUGCUGCUCAGUUUCUAUAGAAAUUAAAUGAGUCUUUACAAACUCUGGAUAAGUGCAUUCCAGCCCCCGUCUUGUGACUGUGCAACUUGCCACUUGUUAUUUAUAAAAUUAAUCGUAGGUCUCCAUCCCCCUUUUCCCUUAUUCAAAUACAUUUAAGUCUUUUGUCCCUGCUGAUAAAUAUACUGAUGGUUAUAUCAUGUUCUUAACCAAGAACUGCCAAAGUUGACAGCCAAGGCAGCGCAUGUCAGCUGCGUCUUUUGAAGGAAGCAGUAACAGGACAUGAAUCUUCUAAAUGGCUCAUUUCUUGAGUGCUCUGUUUAGACUCUUUAAAAAGACCCAGAUUAUUGAGCCCUAGACCUCAUGAAACUCAUGUCUUUAAGGUAUCCAGAGUUGCUUGGGAAAAUAUAGUGUAGUGUUCCUUGCUUUGCCCCUGCCCUUGUCUGGGAAGGCACAUGUGAAUGCUUCUCCAGCACAAGAUGUUUUUCUCUUGUUAGCAUUAGCAGUCUUUCUCUGGUGAGACUUGAGUGAAUUGCCUCUAGCCUUGAGCUGCAGGGAUAGCUCUGAAUCUACAAUCUGUUGUUGUCUACAACAUCCCAAAAUCAGUGUGAAAGGCAGUCAUACUUGCCAAGGGUCUAGUCUUGCCCCUGUUUGGGGCAUGUGAGAUGUACAGUACCUUCAAUAGUGGAUUCCUGGCACUCUGAGUAUAUGUGUAGAAAUAACAUUAAAAUGAUAAAACUACAACCCUGAAGCAGCAGCUGUGUGACAAUGAAGGGGCCAUUUCAGAGGUCUAAAAUAAUCUUUGUGACCUCUAGAAAUUUGAGGUAAUGUGGGAUGAUGAUCACAAUGAUUAAUUAGAAAAUGUCAGAUGCAUUAGAUCGUGUUCUCACUUAAAAGGCAGUCUUGUUCUGUUUCGCAUGGGGUACAUGCAGAUAAUAAAAUUCUGCUCCAGCUCAGGAGGGCUCAGUGCCUUGGCUGAAUGUUUCACGUUAAUCCCUGUGUUGCUUUUCUGAUUUUCUGCACUGUUAAUUCUUCCGUUGCAGCUGCAAUGUAGUGACUGCAUACAGUGAAAUAAAAAGUAGAAGAGGCCUUCUCAAUACCUGAAAAAAGGGUGUCCCUGCAGUAGCGUUGGGAAGUUCACUCAUCUAAUAAUAUUUGUAAAAGACUCAGAGAUUUGAAGAUGGAAAGCAGAAAGGAAGUGCCGGGUUUUAUUUUGCAUCAGUCUUGUGUAGGCUAAACUUUCCCCAUUUCUCUUUGGUCUGAGGUUCUUGGAUCGAAAGGACUUUUCCUGUGUAGAAGAUAAAGUGCCAUUGGCAAACAAGGCUGUGCAAAACACACCUGUCAGUGCUCUCCACUGGCAGGGCUCCCUGUGCUGUCAUUAUUUCUCAUAACAGGCCUGACUCAAAAGGAACAUCUCUCUUUCUCCAAGGCUAAGACUCCAGGCUAGUUUGUUAGAGUUUCAGUUUGAUUUGGAUAGGGAGUGGUUAGGAUAGGUGCUGCUUUUCCCUACUGGUCACAGUCUGCAAGAAAGAUUUCCAGCAGCCCAGAGCCUGGCAGCCUUUGGAUCCAGGGCUCUAGACAGCAGCAUAGCAAAGUGCUACAAUCCUCCAGUCUGGAUGAAAUCUGAAAAAGGGAAGGGAAUCACUCUGUGCCUACUGCCGAACAGCCCUGGAUUACCCAGAAAACUCUUGUGCAAAGCCCACAGGCAGAUGAAUAGAGAAUUUGCUAGGUACUUUGCUCGUAUUUGCCUGAGGAACGUAACCCCCAGCAGCUUCCUUCUGCAAUGGGCAUUUCAUGUCAGGGAAUUGCACGGGGUGUAUUUACUCCUUGCCUCCUAAUGUGAUGACUCAGGAGUGCUGCCCCAAACACACAACUUUGUAAUUCAGGUCCGGCACCAGGACCUGUCUUCCCAAUGUCCUGUCAUCAUCUUGUUUCAUUUUUGAAGACGUUCAUAACAAAGACACAAAAGAAUGAAAGGAUUUUGGUGUUUCUUGCCCUUCAGAUGAUGCCAUUUUACUGCAUAGUCUGGUAGGAGGACAGUCCAGAGUGGGAGAGAAUGAAAAACCUUUGCUCAAGUACAGAUAUCUGCAUUUAGCUCAUGGAAGACAGGGGAAUUUCACGCUCUGGGAGGGAAUCAAAGAGCUCUUGUCCUUUCUCAGCACUAAUCCAUUUCUGCUAUUACCUGCAUGCCCAGUCACAUCUCACUUGCAGAAUGAUCUCUUCUGUCUGUACCAAUUUGGUCAUAAGAUCAUAGCACAGCAUCAUUCAAAUCAUUUUACUUCUUGCUUAGGAACCCACUAGUCUGCUUGUCAGUGCACACCACUUUUCCAUUUUGCCUGUUGCUUUACUCUUGUUUUUAAAAGUAACCUUCAUUAAAACUCAGACUCCUUAAUUUUCUUCCUGUCCCCACCCUAGUGUAAGACUUUAGAUCUUUCAGUUGAUUUGAACUUGUCACAACCUUGAUCUUUUCAUUCCCUGCUGUCUCUGAAUUCCUUGACAUACUUUUUAUCACACAAACAGAUAUUCAAAGGCUGUCUCUGGGUGUAUGAUGCUACUUUAUGCUGCUAUCCAGACAGCUUGGAAGAAAGCAGCAUUCAACCCUAUCAGCAGUCUGCUGUUUUGCUUGAACUUUUCUGAAGCAAGGGAUUCUCAGAACAGAAGUCUUUUGAAGUCACUGCUUUCUCCUGGGUGUGUUUCCAGUGUUUACUUCUCUCAGCAAGUGGGAACUCCCAGAGGGAAAGCUCCUUCUGCUCCUCAGUAACUACAGUUUGUUUGUUUGGCAGCCGUGGGUUAUUAUGGACAUGCAAUUAAAUGAAAAUUAAAAUAAUCCUACAUUUUGGGGAAACAGAUCUUUAUAAAUAGGGCUGGAGUAAAAGGCUAUUUUUAGUAGAAAUGCUUAAGUUUUUUGCAUGGCCCCCUAGGUGUGGAGAAGUAAGAUGUCUCUGACAGCAAUGAUGACUGUAGGAGGGGGUGAUUUUAAUGUAAGAAGAAAUGUUGAAUUCUGUGCCUUCCUUUUAUUACAAGAAGGGGGUUAUAGGAUCUGUACUGUAUCAGAUGUCAGUAUGACACAUGCUGUACUCCCUUCCCAGGCCUUUCAUAGCCUGAUAUAAUUAAUCCUGAACUUUCCAGGGCCAGACUUUAUGGGGAGAACAGGUGACUCAUUUGGUUGGGAGGGUGAUAGAAAAAAAUGGAUCCUAACAGCAAUUUCUCAGGGCUUUAUCAUUCAUUUGGAGAAGUUUAAAUGGAGACUGGAAAUUUAAUAUGGCAUACCAUGUCCUGCUGAGAAGCAUCUGAAAGCUAGGAGAUAUAACCUUUUUCUAAGCUGUUACCCAUGCCUGCAUGCAUGGCUGUGAUCACAUGAAGCAACCACAGUAGAAGAGUGCAGAUAGGUGGUUGUGAACACUAUGGGGUUAAUAUGUGGGACUUUUUCAGCCCAAAAUGCAGAUGGAAAGGCUGAUCAGGUCAGCUGCAAGAUGCAGUUCUUGGGCUCUGCUUCUUGCCUGAUGUCUUAGCCCUGAUCCUGCAAAUAUGUUCUUGUAACUUUUCUCCUCCUCCCUCUGCAGGUGAUGUACUGUGGCUGUGCAGCUUGGGUGUCUGUGGGCACCUGAGAUUGUGUGGUGGGGAGGGUCCGCAGUGCUGCGUUGUUGCUGGAAAGCGUGCCUUCUCCUUGCCUUCCUCAGAGCUCUUCUGGCCCCUGCCCAGCCCCAGCGCAGCACAAAAGGUAGCUGAGCCCUGGCUGAUAAGCUGUGCCUGACCCAGGGGGGUUGCAGAGCAGGAGGGAGCUGCAGCACUGCAGAUGCAUGAGCUAUAGAGGACACACGUGGUGGGGAGUCACCGCACGGGAUAACUGGCAGUAGAAGAUGCCCAUGUACACCCUUAAAUGUGUGGCACUUCCAAAGGAAAGGUGCACAAGAGGAUGAGCAGGAAGCAGAGCUUUGUGCAACCCUUGGAUCUCUUCAUCACAAUAGCUCUUUGACUUGGAUGCAGAGGCCCUGCAGUCAGUUGUGUCUGCUUGCUGAAGCCCUGAGAAGAAACUGAAUCGCUUUUGUUGGGAGGGAAGAGCUAGAGCAGCAGGGUGGGCUUGAGGGGCAUCAUCAGAGCUGUGCUAAUGGGGCAGGGGAGAGUCCACAGGUACUGCAGACUGGGUCCCAGGGCCAGUGUGUGUAGGGGAAAUGGCAAUAUCAGAGAGGGGCGGUGGUUCCCAAGAACAGACCUUCCUGAAAGCCUUUUUGAAGAAAAUUGUCAAGUGCUGCCUGCAUCAAGCCUGGGCUGGCUGGAAGGAGUAGCCCUGGGGGGUGGCAGAUAUUCCUGUGGCAGGUGAGAUGGUCUGAGUGCAGCACAGGCCAUUUCAAUCCACCUGCCCCUACACUGUCUGUUCUCUUUCCAGACUGCACAGCACUUCUCUGUGCUACUGCUCAGCUUUAGGGAGUAUUCUCAGCCUCUCCUUUUGAAAUCGGAUUACAUAUUGUUUCUAAAAGCAGCUCCCCACCCAGUUCUAUCAUUGCAUGCAGACAUGAGCAAACUUCCAUUAAAGUAAUGGAAGAAAGUGCCUGACUGGGUAUCAAGGAGCUCUUGCUGUUUUCUCCUACCAGGCAUUUCAUCCCCAGCAAGUUUAACAUCUUUCAAUUCUUUCAUCAGCUGCUACUUUCUUUUAUUCUGGCUUAGAGCACAGCAUGAAACUCUUCUGUAAUUUGCCGCUGGCCUAGUUACAAUCCCUCUUUCUUUCCUUCUGGGGAAAAAAAUAAUUGUUAUUAAAGCUUGCAAAUACUUUGCAUAGUUACCGACCUGGAAAGGCCCGCGUUCAGCAGCACGGAGGCAGUUUGGAGAGAUGUCAUGGUUCGGAUUCUCGGGUUGGGAAUUCAGCCUUCUGCUCCUCACGCUCUCUCUGGCCUUGGGAAAAUUCCUUUGUACCUAGACAAGACCCAGGAAGAGAGGUUUAUAUCACUGCUGUAAUGAGCAGUGUAGGCUACCUCAGGGGUUCAGAAUUGCAGGGCCCUAAGUCUGUUCACGAGCACAAGCUGCCUUGUGUUUGGCAUGGCCAGGCUCCAGGGCAGCCGCAAGCUGAGGGAGCUGUGCCAAGUAGUGAUGCUUCAAAGGCAAGACCGAUGCUUUUAUGAGUCCCUCAGAAGUACUGCUGUGUUUAAUAAGUCGCUCUACUUUUGCAAGGAGGUGAUACUGUGGCUUCUCUUUGUUAAGUGAGUCUAACAGUUUUUCCUCACUGGAGCUAGGACUUAUGGACAUGGGUUAUCAAACUGGGUUUUUAGGUCCCAAAUCUGCCAGUGUGCACACAUUUAAUGAACUCUGUACAUAUGCUCAGCUUAAGUUCACCAGUUUCCGUAGGUGAUCAGUGUGAAGAGCUUAUCUCUGAUUUUAUUACAACUUUCUUCUGUCUAGUGCUGCUUAUUAAAGGGGACAGCUGUGAAGUCCUGGAAUAAAUAUCCCAGAACUUCUUUGCUCAAUUGCCUGCAAUGUCUCUAUAACACAAAUAUCCAAUUAUGAUAUACUGAGUUGCGUGAGUGCAAUUUAGUUAAGAGGCACUUUGUAUGUUACAUAACUAAUGUGCAGCUAUAAUGAACUACUCUUUAUUAAAUAAGUAAUUGCUUCAUUUCUGUUUAAAAAGAAAAAAAUCUAGUUUGAAAAAUGCAAAAUGAAAGAGAUCAAAGAUCAAAACCAUCCAAUGGACAGAAAGCUCAACCAGCCCCCAUAGAACAUGACUUAAUGCUCCGUCCUGGAGAUGCGUGAUAAUUGAGUUUCUGAAUUAACAAAAAACCUUGCUAGUUAGAAAUUAUCGCAUUAAAGAUUCUGUUUCUCUAUGGAGCAAUUUUAGAGAGGAAGAUUAGGCCAGGGUCAACAAUAAAGAGGUACAGUAAUUAGCUGCAAUAAAGGAUAAAAUGAGCCUUUUUCCUUGUUGUUAAUCUUGCAGUACAAAAAGAGAAACAUUAGGGAUAUUGUCAGAACUUAGUUUAGAUAGAAUUUGUUAAGUUUGGGGCAUAUCUGGACUCAUUCCAUGGGAGUUUUACUGCUCUUCAGCAGAAGCUCACUUCUCAGUAAAGCAGUGGAGUGUUUCUUCUAUCACUGUAAAGAUUUCAUUGCUAUUCUCUGGACAAACUGAUCUGUCUGCUCCAAGCAGAAAAAUACUUAUAAGAGAUUUGGGGAAUGAAUUUGUCUCUUUGUAAAAGACUGAAGUCUGCCAAAAGGCUUUGCUGAGACUGAUCUGCCUUUAUUUUGAAGAAAUAUUUGUUGUCUAACAUGCAGGAAGUAUGUCCCAGGAGAGCUGAGUAGGCCUGUCUAUUUGCUGGCCAAUGUGUUGUUCCUUUUGACUGAACACAAUUGUGUUCUGUUUAUGGCUCAUCUCCCAGUGACUCCAGCAAAUGCAGCAAAAUAUCGCAGGUCAUCAACCCACUGAGACAUUUUAAAAAAGGCACAGGGGGAAAAAAAUCAAAAAAAAAAAAACCCAAAAAUAGGGCAGAGGAAAGGUGGAAGUCACUGGAAGUCCAGUGAGGUUCUUGGGAUUCUGGGAGGUGCUUUCAAGAUCGUGUGUAUGUUAACAAGUUGCUCAGUCAAGACAUUUCAUGUUGGUGAAGUAGGACAGGGUUAAAUUGGCAUUUCGCAAGCCUAAUUGGAUAAAUAUAUCCAUACAGUGGAAACAGAGAAAGCCCACUUUACCCUUUGCAUCUGUGCAGGGGAGCUAUUAUUAAUUUACAAGUGAAUGGCUGUGCGUGCUAAUAGAAGCUGACAUUCCUCCCCAUCUUAGUACAGCUCUGUUUGGCCUUUUUACCUAGUGUGAUCAGUUUGCCAAACUGUGUGCGUGGCCCCCACCAACCUUGUGAGCAUGCCGGGUGUUGUAGCUGCGUGGUGUGGCGUGCACCGUACAUCUCCUGGGAACCGCUGUGUAGUGCUCGCCACUGUAUCUCCUCAAUGGCAUGUUAGCGCCCAGUCAGGACAGUGAUGAAGGAAGGGAAGAAGUACUUUACCACCGUUCUUGCACUGUCUCUAGUACCCAGCUAUACAGUGAUAUUCAAGUGGGAAAUUAAUUGCAUCGUUUGUGGUUCAGCCCUUUCAGCCAAGCAUCCCUUCUAGGGGACUUCAGAAUGCCCUCAGACUUGCUGGUCAAUAGCAUUGGGAAUGUUACACGCAUGUUUAAGUGCGGAUUUGAAGUGAGACUUGAUCCAGAGGACUCCAUUACUCAAGGUAACGAGGAAUCUGAGGAGGAAGCUGAGUACAUUGUUUUCCAGGAUUUUAAAGUGAUUGGGGACUGUAAGAUCAGCUCCUGUAACAGUAUGUCACAUGUGCUAUAUUCCUUCCAGAUACUGUACAUUAAAUCAGAAAGACUUCCGUUAAACCUUUAAAAUAUUUUGAAAAAAUUGACUCCCAAAGCAUGCAAGGUCCUUUGGACAAAUUUCUCAGGCAUCCUUCUUUUUGCAUCCUUCAUUUCUCUGGAUUUUUCUUUGGCCAGAGGAGGUCUUGGAGUGCAGCCAGGUUUAUCUUCGGUCGUCCUUCAGGUCUGUGGGAUGGAAUAUGGUGCUAUUCUUUGCGUGAGCUUUUUCUACCCUUACCCAGGCAGACAAUAGCAUCAAGAGCAGAGUGCAGGAGUUUGACUUGCCGUUGUAGAAUAGCUCUGUAUUGUGAUGACGCUGGUUUGGGGCAAGAGGAAGGCCAUUCAUAGCUGAAGUUAAAGUAGCCCUUAUUUUACAUGCGUCAUUAGCUCUACAGAUAUUUGCAAGUCACUCUCAAGUCAGAUUCCUGGACUGUCACUGCUGUGGUAACAUUUACAACAGCAGCAAUAAUACAGAGACAUUAAAAAUAGUGCCUGAUAAUUAUUUUUAUUCACACCCACAUUUUUCCAGAAGCUGUUGUUUUGAAGACACCUGCAUAGUGUGAUGAGAUUUGGUGCUUAUGGAUAAGGCUAGUCUGAGCCCCAAGAGGAGAGACUGAUAAUUUGGAGACAGGGCACCAAUUUGUGAGACUGGUGUGAACAGACAAUAACUAACACCACCACCAGUUCCUUUACAGCCAAACACUCUAGUGAACUGUGUAGCAGGGAGAAACAGUUCUGGUCCCUUCAAACUGUGCUCUUGAUGGAUGUCCAAAGCCCUCUUCAGUGUCUGGAGAAUGACCACCACAGUGCUGAGAAUUUAACUGUCCAUAGUCAAGAUUAAUUUAGCCUGUGCCCCUCCUGUUGCAGCUUCAUUUUCAGCACUGGCAUUCAGCUGCCAGAUAUUUUUCUCUGAGCACCCGGAGGUGACAGAGGAACCGAGGCUUGCUGUGAUUCCGGGUGUUAGUUUCCGCAGUCCUACUCUGAGCCUGUCCUGUGGGCGGGUGCACAUGCCGGAGUGUUGACUCUUGCAGCCCAUCAGCACAGACCAUGGUAAUUGCAAUAAUUAAUUCUUUCAGCUCCAGUCAGAUUUCAUGGGCCAUGGCAGCUGGGUGCAAUUGAUUAAUUGCCUCUGUUAGGUGGCAUUGAUCUAGGCUGGGAGAGAAUGCUGCCUUAAACCCACUGAACAAAACAGAUGCUUAAGAUUGCCACAUCUGCUGUUUGAACCUUGAUGUCAAAUGAGCUGUGCCCCAGAUGUAUCAGUAUGGGUAGCAAGGACUAAAUAGCAAGUAUUAGUUCCUUGGAAACUGGGGCUGCACUCUAAUUUCAGGAGAAAAUCUACUUUUUUAGAUCAUUUGAGUAGAAGACAAAGCUUUAUCUGGGAUUUUUCUGCCCUGAAGCUCAUAGAGAAUUUGAGAAGGGAAAGGACUCCCAAAUGAGCAGUUACUGAAAAUAUUUCACCUCAUUUUUCUCUUUACAGUCUCCAUGUUGAAAGAUUCACAUCUUUAGUUAUCAGCAGAGAUUGAACAGUUUGAAGCAGUGUGUGUGAUAUGUGUGUGUGUGUGCGUGCUGCCAGUGGGUUAAGGCAACCUUUGUGAGAGAAUUAAUGAAUAAGAUCAGAGAAGGGGGAGAGUGCGGAAGAUGCUGGGUGAUGUGCAGGAUGUAUGGAGCACGUGGGGAGUUCAGGCGAGUGAGUUAGACUAGACUGCAAACAAUUUCAGACUAUUUGCCUAGGAGUCUGCUCUUUUCUACACACUGGGAAGGGGAAGUCAUGUUUUCCCAUUUCUAAUAGCAGAAGUCAUGUGUGCUUUGUGUUCAGUAAUCAUUAGUCACUGUUGAAAUUCAUCUGUGUGCCAGCCAGCUGUCCCUCAGGUGGGACUCAUUCGUGCAUCCAUUCCUCCCUUCUUUUCUCAGCACAUCCCAGCCCUCCCUGCCAGCUGACGCCCUGGCACUCCACACACGGCCAGACUAGCCUUGCAGGUGCUGUAAAUGUUUAGCCUGGUCCCUUUGAUCUUCCUGAGGGGUUCUCAGCAAAGAGCUUUCGGGGUGGGGCUGUGCCUACCCCAUUAAUAGGGAGCUGAGUGCUCCAGCUCUUAAUUUAGGACUCACAGCUCCCUUUUUCAGUAAUUUUCUUUUUGCAUACAGCAUCUGCCAGCCAGAGAGGAGAGGCUUUUGCCUUUUUGCAGUCGAAACUCCAACCGGACGAGGAGAUAUGACGUACUUUGUCACUGCAGCACUGCUCUUCGUGGCACUUACUGGCAGUUUGUUGGAAGGUGAUGAAAACUUUCUUAUCUGAGUAUACUUGAAAACUUUAUAUUUUGAAGAAUUAAUUUCUCCAGAAGUUCUAGACAAUCAGAGAUGUGGGAUUUUGUCCUUUUUUGCUCAGACUAGGGUUGUCCAUUUCUUCUGCUAUUAGUCUUUUAAAAGCCAAGUAUCCUGAAAGAACCAAGCAAAAGCCUUUGUAUCAUUAUUAGCUGGUUGUGUUGCAGCAAGGGCUUCGUUACACUGGGUGCUCUACAGGCUUGGUGCUUUUCCCCUUCUGUGGCAUAGCUCAGGCCAACUGUUUUUGCAGACAGGGAUGAAAAUUUCAAAUCCACUUUAUUCUGCCUAAAAUGUAAGUGUGGAUUUCAGACUUUGGAGAAACACAUAGCAGGAAAGGUUGAAGGGACAACUGGAAGGCAAGUCUUUUUAGUAAAAAUAUAUUUUUUGCUUAUGAAAUAAACUGUCCAGCAUGUUUGUGCACAUAUACACACCCAUACAGUCAACACUGCCUCUUUCAAUCACUGACCACUGCUCUCAUCUCCAGCACAAAGAAGUAUCUGGAUGGUCUCACCAUGAACAGGGAUGCCCCUACUGCAGUGCCAGCAUCAGCUUGGUGUAGGUGUGCUGAUUGUUUUCUGUGGGAUGAUAGCUUCACUGCAGGGCUUUCGGUUUUAAAUAUCAAUUUCCAGCCACUCUGCUCUAUUCAGAAAGCCUUUCUGCUUUGGAUUGGCUGGGAGAAGAAGAGAGUCUCAUUGUGAGUGAAUCAAAAUCAGCUUGCUUCAUGGAAAAUUUUUUUUUUUUUUUUAAUUAAGAGCAUAAAAUUUACUAGCAUUUUCCCUUUUACUAUUAUCUCUGAAUCAAAUUCCAGUUCUUAGCAUUUCAUUCUCUUUAAUCUCCUUGGGUGGUUCUGAUUUCCCCUUUGAAGUAACUUACUGAGCUUGCUUUUCAGAAAGGCAAUCAGACAGGUUGCUUACCAGAUGCCCUGAGAACUACCCUGUAGACCUGAACAUUUCCUUGGAUAGGUGGGUUCGGACACACAAUCAUGUCUCCAUGGCUAAACAGGUUACCACAUAUUAACUGAACCACAAUACAUCACUCUGUGCAUACUCCUAAUGCAUAGCAAGUGCAAAGUAAGCAUUUUAAUGUAAACAUAAUGAAAGAAUGUAACCUAGAGCAUUUUACUGUACAAGUGCCACCACCUGAGAGCAUGUACAAACUCAAUUACUGUAGCACAGUAAAUUGCUAAGCCUCACUAAUUCAGUCAUAAAUCUACAUCUCUAGGUUAAUUUGCUGUAACUUUCUCAUUUAGACUCCAGCCUUCAUAUAUGCUGCAGAGGAGCUCAUUCCCUGUUGUUCUGCACUUGUGCUGUCAUUUAUAGCAAAACACAGUGCAAAGUGGGCGUACAGAGCUACAAAGGCAGAAGCGUAUUUCCCGAAGUCUCUGCUUUUAGCCAGCCUACUCAUUAUAUUUAGAUUCUGUAGCCCAUUUCCAAACUCACCAGUUUUGCUUUUGGGUCAAAACAUUUAAUUCUGAAUCAUCAUCUGUGCUGUUCCCUGAGGGUGAACCCAGCCCACAGCCCUUAGCGAUGUCAAAGCAGUAGUUCCAGCUCUUUAAUACCACAUCUCUGUGCUACUGGAUUAUCCAAUGCAAUGGAUUUAAUCCAGAUCAGGCAUGGGCACAUAAGUAUGUUUCUGACCUCCUAGCCAGAGCACAAGACGCCACAUUUAUAGCCACAUCAGACCAGACUUUGGCUUUGCCCUGCUCUGAGUAAAGUCACUCUCAUGCCAUUACACUGCAAGUCUCUUUAAGGAACCAUAGCAGCUGUUCUGCAACCCUACCAUUUUUUUCUUGCCAGCUAGAAGAAUUAUCCCCAAUUAAAGUCACUUUCAUUUGAGACUAAAGCAGUCCCAAAGGGAGGGAGGAAUUCUGCAAGAGAUGUGCAGAAAUUUUAUUUAGACUAACAGUGACUGUCCAUUUCUUUAGGUAGGCAUACUCUAAAGCACUCAUAACCUGUCUCACUGCACUGUAUUUGCAGCUCCUGCGUUUUCCUCUAUAGUCUGUAAAUUUCCCAGCACAUGGUUUGACAAAGCUCAUGCUCAUGAGAUCUGCACAGAGAUUGUUGUUUUUGCUGACUCCUAGGUUGCUGUUAUUACUUGGAGAUGAGAUUGGCUUUUUUGCUAUUUGUAAUUUUGGAGUUUCUUGCUUUCUCUCAUGGUCUGUAAAAGAAAAUUGGCUUUAUGGCUUUGUUAUGGAAUGUAUAUUAACAAUGGUUAGUAUGAAAUGUUUGAUGCAGUUACAAAACCUUAAGUUAUGAACUGAUUUUUCUCCCAACAUGUGGAGUUUGUAGCCCUUUACAUUUGGUCUGCACAGAACUGGAAGUGAUUUACAUAGUUGUUAAAUGACGGAGAUAGGAAGCGGAGAGCUCUGUGAGGACAUUUGUCUUCUACAGACUCUUUUUCCAUGUGGAGUGGUUACUAUUAGAAGUUCAGAGUAUCAGCCUCUGGUCCUUUUCUUCCAGCAGUGCUGCAGUCAGGGCUGUGAGCAGAAGGAAACACUGCAGCAUUUCCGUUUGGACAGGACAUGCAUGUGUUCUAGCUUCAGCAAGGGCUUAUCUACUGGUCCUGAAUCAGGUCAGAGCUGUUCCUGCAGCUAAGUAUGAUGGCCUUUUCUCAGCUGAGGACUGAUGCAGGCAGUCCCUUCUGAAGCUGAAAGCAUGAACCCUCAGCGUGUUGCUGCAGAGUCAGGGUUUCAUAGCUAACUCUCAGCGGUGACUGCUAGGUUAGUCAAGAAGCUUUCUUGUCCGCUGCCGUGGCAUGGAAGUGCUCUGGGCUUCUCAGAGUUGGAGCAGAUGAAUGUCUUACAUCUGAGGCAGGCCAGUGAGCCUUGAGAGGCCGAUUUACCUCGUCUGUUCUGUGUCAAGGAGACUCCCCAAAGGGGGAUGCUUGCUCCUUCCAUGUCCCUUAGCAGUGCAUUAAUAUCUCUGUAAUGGCUUGGUUAAGAUUUCAAAGCGAUAGCUCCUGAAGUACAGCAAUUGCAAAACCUCUGUGCUCUUUGCUUGCUUCCCUUUCAUAAGUCUGGCAUGAAAUCCUGCAGCUGAGAUUUAGGUGACAUAAUCUUUACAGUCUCAUCAGAGCUAUAGAUAGAGCUGAUUGCAUGCAGCAGGGAAGCAAUGGUAAGCUUGGUUCAAUGUCCUCACUUGUUUUGAUGAUCUCCCUUUUUCAUGGGCCCAGCAUGGCAGCUUGGGUAUGUAGAAUGAAGUUUUUCCUCAUUUAAAAGGCAAUUACCCUGAGUUUUGCUUUGUUGUUUCUCAAGUCUCUUUAAGCUCAUUUCUAGAUCUGUUAAUUAUUCAUUAUAACUUAAUUAUAUUUAGUCCGCUGUUAUCACUCUUUGGUGAAGAUUGCUGUUAUUCAUGAGUCAAAAACUAUUAAUGAAACAGUCUGAUAUUCUCAGAAAGAAGGGAGUUGGGAGAACUCUUUUAAUUAUAAGAAGAAGCUGUGAUUUGAGAGAAUGAGUUAAUUUAACAGGUGCAACUGGUUUUCUCUUUUUUUGCUAGCUGUGCAGAAGAAAACAUAUCCAUUAAUCUCUGAGGCCUGGUCUGAAACUAUAGGACUCAGUCAAAUGUCGCAGGAGGUGGACGGGUGACUUCUCUUUCUGUUGAAUGGUGUGAACAGUACUGGGUGGCAUGGGUGGCUGGGGUUGUUCUGUGGUCGCAUGUGGUAGAGAUGGACAGCUCAAAUAUUCCCACCGAUGUGAAUUCUCACUUCAGGUGUGUUUAGCAAAGUGAAGUUUAUGGUUAAGUUUUUGGGGCAUAUUCAUUGCUACAUAAAAUGCAGUGCUAAAAAUAAUGUACUUAUUGUACAAAUUGUCUGCAGUACCACAGCACUCUGAGAGCUUGUGUUUAUAUUCUCCAUGCAGAGAGAUUGUAAGUUCAUAUAUUCCACACAACCGUUUAUUGUUGCCAACCAAACUCAUAACAAGCUGUUGACUCAUCUAUAUUUUUUCCCCCAAGCUUUUACAGAUUUUACAGCUAAACAAAUGAUGUCCCAAUGAAAGCAGUGGCUUUGAUACCCUGUCUUGAACUCCUACUGGUAUGGAUGUGAACAUGUGGUGCCAAAAAGCAAAUACAGGCAGGUGCUGUGAUGCCAAAAGUGUCAGCGUGACUGCUCUUUGCUAGGAACUCAUCGGUUUUUCAUCCCUUCCUCCUCCAGAUCCUCCCAAGUCUGUUUUCAUCUAGAAGAGGAGGGAGCUGGAGAAACUUAAGAUCAUUUUCUUUCCUGCCUGUCUCUCUCCGCACCUUUUAUUUCCCUUCUCUGAGGCUCCUAAGUUCAGUUUAGACAAAAGCUAGAAUUCUUGAGGAAAAGGUGAGAUAAGGGAAGAAAAUUAAUCUGAAGAGCAAGUCAAAAAAAAUACAAGACGUCAUCUGAACUCCAUCAUCUUUUCCUGUUACAUGUUUCUACAGCAUAUAGCACAAUUGUAGGUCCCUAGAGUGUGAUGCAUUAUGGCUGAAUACCAUUGUUGCAGCUUCUGGUAAAAAGAAUGAAGUAAGUAUACGACAUCAUGGUAGCUUGUGCAAGUCUCUCUUUAAUUACAGUGCUGGCUGAGGACAUUUGUUGGUGUCGCAUGUUCCGGUUAUGGGUAACAUACAUUCCUGACUCUUCAGGGAGAGUCACGUUUUCACUGGAGAUUUUCACCAGAGAGAUAGUGGCUAUUUGUCUGUUUUUGUUUUUAUUUUAGCAAGAUUUAAUAAGCUGGUUAGAGCUAUUGUAAUUAGUUUACUCUUCAACCAGGAAAAUACGUGAUAUCAUGACUGUGGUGGGAGCAAGCAGGCAAGCGCAGAGUACAGUGCAGUCAGAAUUUACCAGCUUCUUAACUGAAACUUGUUCAGGAGGUGCAGAGAGCCACGCUGUCUUCAGUGAGCUGUGAAUCACAGGGAGGAAAAGCCAGAACAGAAAGUCACAAGAAGUAGAACUGAAGCUUCACUUGCAAAUAAUGAUUCACAAAACAGGGAGUAUAGCAAGGGUCUCUUACAACUGCUUCUGAGUAGAAUUCAUUUUGCAAACUUUCUUCAGGAGCAAAGAAAUAAGAUCUUCUCAGUAAGGUGUUAAAAAUAUAUCAGCAUCCUUGCCAUCAUCAGUAUGUCUCACCAUCUUAAGUCCUUAGGAAGGCUGUAUUUUUAGAGGGGAGGUACCGGUGAGGACUGCAUUUGACAGACUCAAAUCUGAGGACAAGAGGCCUUAAGAGUCCUGCCUCAUGCCACUGGCCCUCGUUAUUUGCAGUUGUUACUUGUUUAUAAAAGCACCUUCCAUCACAACUGUGGACCUGGAUGUCAUGUGCUAGGUGCCGUACAAGCACAGUUUGCAAAGACAGUCCUUGUUCUUGGAAUUAAUUUAUUCUUUGUAAAGCCAGAGGUGAUAUGUUCCUGUCUUGCUCCUGCCUGGCUUCUAAGAGAGUUAUGAAGGCUUGAUUCAUGGGUGGAAAGUGCUAUAUUUUGUCGUCUUUAAAUGUAGAUGUUUUAUGGGAAAGAAAAACUUGCUGCAAAGGAGAUAACAUAUGUGGCAUUACCAGCUUUGCAAGAACAGUGGAGAUGUUAGGAAUGAGGAGCUUAAACUCAUUGGUAGUUUUUCUGAACAGAUGCUUAAUCUCUAGGAAGUGAUACCUGGCUUUUUUUGGUCCGAGUUAGGAAAGAUGUGAAUGACAUAGGCCCUUUUUCAGUAGCUUUUUUUCUCCAUGACAUUUUGGGAGACUUGUUCCUUUAGUGGUUCAGGUGAGUUGAGCUAUCAGGUUUUGCAUCUGAAUUUAGAAAGAAAAUUUUCAAACAAAGUACAUUGUAUCUAAGAUAAUGAUUUUGUCCCAUUAUGGGUUAACACUGAAUAUGAAAUAAAAUUACGGCACAAAGUUAAGAAAUUAUUCACUUUCCACUUAUUUUGAUGGCUAACACUGGGUUUUAGUACAGCACAAAUAUCACGUGUGGCAGCUUCCAAAUGCUUUAAAGUUUUUUGUGUAUAUGCAUAUUUUUUUUUCUAUUUUGAUUCAGCUCCUCAACUGGUAAGUUCAGUAAAUCACACGGCACUUUUCUGCUUUGCAGUUGCUAGUAUGUUAGAAAUUCGAGCCGAAGCUUGUUACUACUUUUUCCACAAAAAACAUUGGCUUUACAUUAUUCUUUGAGUCUUUUAAUUAAGACUAGUCUGAAUUGAUUCCUGUUACAGGGUCAACUUGCUUGGUUAAAAUUGGAAAAGAAAGAACAGAUAACGUCCUCCUUUCUUUGAUUCUUGCACCUGAGAUCUCUUGAGUUCUUGUUUCCAAUUUUCUGAUGAAUAAGAUUUGACAGUUUCCUGUGCUGUUGUAAGAAUUAUUUUUUCCCUUGCACGUAAUCCUGUUGAUGUUCAAAGUGCAAAGGCUCCCUAGUUGUGCGUUACAGUGCUAACACAACCUAUAUGUUUAUAAUGUUUUGUUCUGACAGCAUCAUAUAAAUAAAAUGUUGGUAUGAUAAGCAUGUAGUUCUUCUAUUCAACCUAGGAUAUGGGACCUAUUUCUGCCAAGGUUAUAUGCUAAAAUCCUUCACUAAGCUGGCGCACCUUUAGGCAGCUGUAGGAUCACUUUUCAUUUAAAUUUAUAGCUAUGAACAGACCUCGAAAAGCCAUGUUCAAAUGUUAUCCAAGCCUAGGAGCUAAAUACUAAUAACACUGGUUAUUGGCCCCUUCCAGGAACAGAAGGAUUAGAUGGGAAAGCUUUGGAUCAAGGUGGAACUUCUGUUUCAGUUUAAGGAAACAGCUGAGGGUAUGUAUUACAGCUACUUGACAUAAUCUCUUCUCAAUAUACAGCUGGAACACAUGAAUUAUAUUAUCGGCACAGUCCAUCCCACAGGAAAAUGCUUUGUUAGCAAUUUAGGAAAAGCAGAGAAUAAAAGCAGCCCCCCCACCCCCGAGCAGCAGCUUUUAUCUUGUUCUUGUUUCUUCUUUUUGUUCUUGUUGUAUCUUGUUUGUUCUGAAAUAGAAACUGUGUGGAUAUUCCACAACUGUGCAUAGAGAGAAAAGGGAUUAUAUUGCUGUUCAGAUUGUUUUAAAAUCUUCAGAAAAUAGCAGGUAAUUAGAACUUGGGAGCCUGCCUUUGCAUAUGGCAAUUGUAAUCAUCUAGCUAUCCAGACCCUACAGUGAUUUCUAGCCAGACCUAUUUCCAUGUCAUUUUAUUCAUCUCACUGUAUAUUAUUUACAGAGAUAUUACAAAAUAUAUUGUGAACUGAGUACAGUUAGUAAGCAGAGCAUGGAUUUGGCAAUGCCAGAGUCAGUGUGCUGACAUUAUGCUGUUGAUAGAUUUUCAAUUGUUUUAAACCAUGAAACAUAGAUAACAGAGAGUAAGGGAUGCUGGAAACAUCCAGACCUUCAGAGUCCAACCUAGACACAGGAGCUCAUCCAGCUAGGGGCUUUCUUGGGCUUUUGUCUUGGCUUUUUCAAAAACACACUGUCUUUAUCCCAGUUAAUCUAAAUUAGGCACAAUGUCACUGUGCACACUCUCUGACAGACACAAGCAAAUCAUAUCUUAGGUGAUCCUUGGUUUCAUGGCGCCUUAAGGUUAGGUGAGAAGAACUGGACCUAAAUUUCACUUGUCCAGAUUCCUAUCUGAGACGGACAUGGCUCCAGAUGCCUCACCUGGCAGGCUGUCUUCAUAUUUCUGCAUUCACCACAGUAUCACUCUUCAGUUAGUUUUGCAGCUUCUUGUAAGAGGCUGGAGAUGAAAUGCUGGUGGGCAGAAAUUGCUGCUGGGCUGGCUGAUGAUAGAUGAUAGUUGGUAUCCUAUUUAAUCAGUGCAUACCAUGCAAAACAAGGUAUCACGUCUUUAGUUUCUUUCCCUGUUUAUUUUUUGGCUUGAGCUUCUGUUCAAUUCAUCCUACUUAUUCAUAUUUACAUUGGUGUAAUGGUCCCAUAUGAGACAUAUGCUCCCCUUCUUCUUUCUGCCCAUUGCUUGUGGGCCUACAUUAUUGUAGGGAAUCUGUAGGUGGCAGAACCUUCCUGGCCCACCUGGGGUUUUCCGAAAGUUUUUUUUUUUUUUCUCAAGGCCUCAGCAGUUUAAUACUGGACAAGUCAGCUGCAGGUGAAGGCAAAGCUAUUGCAUGGGGUUUCCGCAAGCUCUGUCUGGCUCCUAUUGUGAAGCGGAAAAGAUGGUCUCAUCUUUGGUGAGGAUUGUAUCAAUGACAAAACACAUAAGCCAAUAGUGGUAGUGACCCGUCACUACCUGCACAUGGCUCUGCAAGCGUCUGUGUUUAAUGCACUCAAGGUUAGUUGGCUGCAGGGAAGUAUCAAGUGAGCGUGUCUCAGUUUUUGCUUCUGCUUUAAACACAGUGUGAGGGUAGCUCUUAAAAGUGCCCUUGGGAAUUGGUCUCCCAGAGUCCAAAGGUCACCUCAAGGGCUGGGAGAACUCCCACAUGAAGGUCGUCAUUACAUCCUGACCAAGAGGCCUGGGGCAUGGCACAGUUGUUACAACACUGUAGGCCUUGUGCCCAAUACAAGAGCUUGAGAUCUCCCUAUGGCUCCCCAUUUGUCUCUGUGCGUGCAUGACGUUGGUUUCUUUUCUGUCAUUCUUAAAAAUGUAGUUACUGUUUUUUUCUUUUAGCAGUGGAGGAUCUUCAUGAAAGCCUUACGAAAUUCAAUGUUGAAGGUAGUGUAAAUAAUUGGGUUGACAGCACUAUUGACAUAUCCAAGCCACGUAAAGGCGCUAUACAUUGCUGGGGGGAUGUUGCAAUCGCAGUGCAUGUUCAGGAUGUGAGUGAUGAAGAAUGGGAGCCAGCAGAUGAUGAAAACACCUGGGGAGAAAGGAGAGAGACAGACUCUGAUUGCUGAAAGCUGGAAAUUUUUUGAGACUAUCAGAACAGUAAGGUUCCUCAGAGUGGUAAAGGAAAAGAGAUUCCCUGAGCAAUAUGCCUUCAGUUUGUUACAAUUCGUAGUCUGUAUUCUGAUUAUCUAAGCACUAAAGGACUUCUCUACUCAUGUAAGUAGAUUAGUUACAACAGAAACUAGGGCCUUAAGAGGUGCCACUUUCAUACUGAACUAUAUUGCCUUUUGUGCUAUAGCUGUAUUAGACAGCCCAUGAGUUUUCUCACUCCUGCACCUCACUGUGCUUUGGCAAUCAAAAUGCUCCACAGCUGAAAAGCUUUGAGCCUGUUGUACACCAAAGAGAACCUUCCUUAGCUGGAAAGAAGGUAGCCUUCCUACUAGGAGCAUCAUGCCUGCUUUCACAGCAGUCUAUCUUCUGAUUUAUCCUGUGAAGCUGGAGGCCACUGCAAAUUAUUCACACCUCCAUCAUUUCUCCCUGCAUUUCUGCCUCUAUUUUGUAUCUGUUUUAUACAUUGUUUUUUUCAGUUAUUCCCUAUUUCUCCUGCAUGUCCCACCAGAAGGUACAUCUGCUAUGUGUCACAUGCCUGGUCAAACAGUUGGACAUCCAGACUCAAUACUUAGUCCUGGGUAGCUGUUGGUUCUCCACAGAAACACGAAGAGGAAGCCAGAGCACACUCUUACCAAGUACAAUGGCUAGCAUCUGAGUGGCUUUCUUUUCCUUCUGUUGUGACAGUUUCCUCCUGCUCACAGUCUUGAGAGAGGUCCUUGUCUUUCCAUUGGGCAUAGACUGGAUCUCAAAGACCUUGGCUGUUUGGAGGGUUUCUUUGGCAUGUCCAUUCUUCUCGACUUUCACAGGGCUGUCCAAGGUUGCCUGAAGGGUUGAAUUGGUGCACUGAUUGGAAGCAACUGGCACAAUCAGCUGAUGGUUGCUUCGUGCACCUGGUUUGAAAGUGGUCUUCUCAGGAGGACUGGUACUGGACACCAUCUCCAUUUCCAUCUCCUCUAUGUGACUCUCUGCCUCCUGGACAAGAAUCAAAUACCCACAACACAGACAGGUAAAUAUACAGGGAGGAGCAGUGAACAAUUCUUACAGAGUGAAGCAGGAUGCUGUUGAUGAAGGAUCAGCCCCUCUUCUUGCCAUCUACCUUUUUUGGUGGAUGCUUGGCUGUUAAUUGUUCACAUGGGAGAAUACAUUUGGGUAGAUGAGACGGGCAGAACUGCAGUGAGGGGUGCUGACUCCUUUGUUAUACAAAGAGACGAGGAGGUGGGAGACAUACUGUCUCUAUGCCCCCAUGUAUUUCAGUUAGGUUUUUCAGAAAAUAAAUCAAUAAGCAAAACCCAACAAAAGCCAAUGCAGUUUGAGAUUUAAAUAAUAAGGAGAAGAAUAAAACCAAAGGACAUAAAUUGUUAAAAUGUCAUGGCUUUUAUAGCUGAUCUUUAGGUGAGCUUAGUCUGGCUUUUUUAGCUCUCUGAUCUUAAACCCUCUGCUUCACUCUAAGGAACAGGAAGAAUAUUUAAAUUUUGCUAUUGAACGUUAACCUUUGCUCUUAGCUUAUUUUUCUCCCACCCUAUGUAAAUUCAUUUUGUGCCCUGAAAGGGGAACAGGGGAAAGCUGAAUGCUCUGGAAAGCUACCACUUCUCUUUAACACUCACCACUUUGCGUUUAUUAACUUGGAAACUCCCAUUGGACUUCACAAUAACUGUGCAGAGCUUCACAUCUUCUGGAUGAGUGCAUUUGUCCUAAGGGGCAAGCAUCAGCUUAUAGGUUACACAGGCAGAUAGUAAUUAGGAAGAGAAGCUGGUAAGGGAGGCACAUGGAGAUAUAAACAUAGGGCACGAAGCAGAAGUUAAUUAGUGUGACUAAGGCACUGUAGGUGAUGGAAAAGUACUCUGAAGAAGGAAUAAUGGAGGCAGGUAUCCUUGUGCUUUUCACCAAGGGAAGGAAACUACAAGGAUUUGGUCAUGUUUCAGUCCACCCUGUCUCUGCCUCUUUUUCCUCACAUGGAACUGGUUUCUGAGGCAAUUAUUAGGAUGUAGGUUGGGGAUGGUGCCUCUGAAACUUUACGUUCCUACUAAUCGUUUUGUGCACCUGCUGGACUAGCACACUGACAAGCAGUCUCACACUUGACGUGCUCAUCCUCACUCUACUUAUCCUGUGCUCCGUGAGGCUGUUUUUCAUGGCUAUAUUUCAGCGGUAUCAUUCCAGUGGUGUAGUUUAUACAACAGCCAAGCAAACAAUGUCCGUGGAGCUGCUUUGUCUUAGCAGGGCUGACUUGGGAAGUGAUGAAGCCUGUAAGCUGGGGUGAGUCUUAACACCACCCAAAAUCAGCAGAGUCAAAGGAAAUGGGGUCUGGUCAAAGAAGUAGUUCCUAGUGCAGAUCUGCUAUUGAAACAUCCCCUGAGAUCCAGGGAGGCUUGUGAAGCAUCAGCCAGUGACCUGAUAAUCCCCAGCGUGCAGCUGAGAUUCCCCAGUAGUAUCAGACACAGCAUCCACCUUUGUGAGCCAACAUUUCACACAUUCCAGACAGUGUCAUUUAGGGAGAGAAGGAAGUGCUUCAGGGAAGGAAGUGGAGCAGGAAGGGAAAAGGAUGGAGAUGGUUGAGAGCAAGGGGGAGGGUCUCAGUACCUUCAGCGGGGCCUGUGUGUCAGAAUCCAGGGCGUGGGUGCUGCGCUUGGUGUUGACGCGCUUCCUGCGCUUCCGGAGCACUAUGUAAAUCUGUACGUACACCAGCAGGGUGACAAUGAAGGGAACAUAGAAGGAGACGAUAGAGGAAUACACAACAAAGGCAGGAUUGGCAAUGAUACACUCAUUCUCAUCUGGAAGACAAAAAAUUCCAAGAUUAUCAUCCCAGUUUUUAGGAGCUAGUGCCAGCAUUCCCCUCCUCUCUCUCUGACAGGAAGCAUGGGGAUACCCAGAGAGGGAGGGGUGCUGGGGGGACCAUCACAUCAAUUGGAAGUGGUGCAAGAUGAAUGAACAAACACUUGGAUCACAGGGAGUCACGUACAGGCCCAAGGUCUCUGGCUAUUCACUGGCUUAUAACAGCAUACAAAUCCCACGCUGUAUGUGAUCCAGUCUUCCUAGGAAACUGGUGACAGAACAGCCAUUUCCUCUCCCCUGUCUCAGUGAAGCGUUUGUCACAUGCCUUUCUUUGUCACAUGUGUUAAUAUAAUAGUGUGUUAUUUAGUGGGGUGGUUUUUUUUUUUUGGUAGCACUGACAAGUGUUAUGUAAGCUUCUACAUAACCUCUGUUCUGACGUGUCUAUGAUGUUGAUCUGGAACAGCAAGAGAUGAAACAGAUCCAGAAGUGGCUGACAGAAAUAUCCUGGGCUGUCACGGGGAGAGGAUACCUUAAAUACAGAGGGAUGCAUUCCGAUACACUUAAAACCUGAAUCCCAUGUUUAUUCCUGGCUUUGUAACAGAAGUCCAUCUGGGACCCAGUAAAGCCAGGAAGAUGCUGAGAGCCAGCUCUAGAUGACAUAACACUCACCUGUGUUAUUGAGGCCAAACAGGAGUGGGCAGGAGAUGGCAAAUGAAAGCACCCAGACCACAGCAAUCAUGAUGGUGACCCUGCGCUUUGAGCUGUAGCGGGUAUUGUACAGCAUUGGCAUUGCUACUGCUGUGUACCUGCAGUGUGAAGAAACAAAAUCAGUCUUUUGUUAUUCUGCCAGGGCUGAUAAAUCUUGUGGGAAAUUAUACCUAGCUACUGUGUCCAAAAGCCAAGUCCAGAAAGAAUAUAGGGCAAGCCAGGUUUCAUGAAGCUCCAAGUUUCCUGUUUUGCAAGGCAGGAGGCUGGGGUAAGCUUAGCACAACAUUUCUCUUCUGUGCUGAGUUACUGCCUUCACACUGGGGCCUGUUCCAUCACUUAAGUAUAUAAACAGAAGGAUCGAUCUAAUAGAGAUAUAUACACACAGCCUAAAUUCCAUUUACAUUUUCAAGGCUAGUGUUUCUGUGGCUGCCACUAAGUGAAUCCGUACUCAGAUGCUUAUUUAGGUCCUCUCUCAACAGGCUUCAAAAGCCUUCAAAACACUUCAGCAAGACUAGCUCUCACCACUGACAAGUCCCAGGGACACAGGUGAAUUUAGACCACAUAAAGGUGACCUUGACCACACUCCUGAUAGCCAUACAGGACUUGACCUGACUCGCUACCGUGGAGCCUUCACCUGUCAAUGCUGAUGGCACAGAGAUUGAGGAUACUGGCAGUACACAUCAUAACAUCAAGGGUUACGAAGAUAUCACAGUGAAUCCGACUGAACCUCCACUCACCAACAACCUACAAAGAGAGAGAACAUAGUCAAUAAAAGUAGUCACUGAGGAUGCACUGCUGAGAAAGUCUAAAGGGACAAUUUUGCACAAACAUAUAAAGACACUUGCUGGUACCUGGAGUUCUGCUGGUUUAAGUGGGAUCAGCACUUUGUCCACGGAAGUUUCAGCUGGUCACGUGCAAUCAACCACAUUGCUGUGCCAAACAGGGUUGUUUGCCAGAGAGCAUCUUCAGGGGCUUUGUGUUGUCUAGGCUAAGGCUCUCAAGUGAUUGAACUGCCACAGAGAAAGUACUCUGGUCCAUCUGAACCAUUCUUUAGAGCUCUUUCCUGAGGCCUAGUGUGAUUUCAUCCUUCCCAAUGCCAUCCUGUUAAUCUGCAUUCUGAGUUGGGCAACCCAUACGGGAAACACAAACCUGGCCUCACAUGCUCCAAUGGCAUAAGAGAACAAGUCCCCUCAAAGUCAGUGUGAACUAUGUAGUAGCUUAAACAGGUGUCUAAAGCAUUACAUAGUAUCAGAAAGGAAGUACAUUAAUUUUAUGUCCCUAGCACCUCUGAUUGUAUUUACAGCCUUUCAUAAGAUACUUUUUUGCAAUUAUACUUAGCAAAGAUAAGUAAUGGAAAAGCAGGAGCUUUCCUUUGUUUCUUUAUUUUAAAAAGUCAGAGAAGAAAUUCCUCAUGUAUUAUUUUUCAUGAACAAAAUGGAUUUAAUUGAGUGAAAAGUGUUUGACAUAUAUUACAUACUGUAAUAAAGACAGAGAACUAAUGAUAACAUUUGAGUAACCAGUAGCCUUAUCUUCCCUUAUCUUGCUACUGAAACCAAACUUUGACAGUUAAGUUUAACAGCAAUUAUUAGGACUACUGUAUUUGGCAUGCAGUGGAAAAAGUAUAUUUCCCUCUAAUAUAAAUAGAGUCCUACUGCACUUGAAAAUAGAAUGAAUAAGAUGAUAGCUAUUCUUCAGUUAUUUCUGCUCUGAUAUACAUAACCAUAGGCAGCAUAAAGAAGGAAGAAUGACUGCAUUGAAGUCUGAGUGACAGAUGAAUACACAGUGAUUAAAAAAGCAUUUAAAAGACAAAGUCACAUCAGUAACUUUAUUUGAUUAGAAUUUGCCCAAAGGCAAAGGUUUGCAGCCAGAUAAAAUCCUGUGUGACAAUCAGUUUCGCGAACUUAUGAGCUUAUGGGAGAUGCUGUAAGCUGCAGCAGUUUUUUCUCUUAGUGUAUGCAGUUAUGUAUGAGAAACCUCAGAAGUUUGGAGGUAGAAGGUUUCUUUCCAAUGGAGCCAAUUUUUAAAAGGAUUUCCAGUGUUUUGACAUCAUUUUUGUCCCAACUUGUGGCACAGACACUAUAAACCAUGAAAUUAUUUGUGGAAUAAAGGAUUCUGGCCAGUUUUGAUUUGAGACUGCAGGCACAGAGAGGGAUCACAGCAUCCCUAACCCACGUCAGUGCAAUGGCUCCUUCUUUGUUAGCAAAUAUUGAGAGGUUUAUUCAAGUUAUGGCAGAUAGGACUAGGUUUAAUAGAGUGUGGAUGAGAGCAGACAGGACCCUUUAUCAACAGAAAAUCCUAACAACGGUAGGAUAUACAAGCCUAAAUUUGUCCUACUUGGUAGAUUAAUGAGACUGAGCUUCCUAGCCAAUUCCAUGUACACACAAGCCCAGAAGGAGGAAAGCAUCUUAUUCUUCCAAAUUAAAACAGAGAUUGAGAUACUCAUAGCUAAGCCUAAGAGAGUGGGAGCUUCUCACAGAAAGAGCCUCUGUUUAAAAUGGGUUGUUGCAAAAGAGGAAUACAAUAGAAGAGUGUAACUAAUCCCAGAGGUAUUAACUGCAAUCACAACUAGCCUGUGGUCAUGUUAAUAAGCUUUAGCACAUGCACAGUGCUUUACAUUUUUAAAGUGCCACACAAGCAAUACUUACCUAGAGUGAUAAUUAGUAUUGUGGCUUCUCGACAGCCCGUGUCAUGUCAGUGGGUUUGUUUUGCUUUGCAUUAAUGUUUAAUGGGCUGAUAACAGCUUCUUCCCCCUGCUCUCCUCUCAGUUUUAUCAUCUUCUCUCCUAAACAAAUCUUUGACAAUAACUUGAAAAUUCUAUCUAGUUUCAGCCUUCUGCUUUCUCGCCACCCUUCAUUCUCUCCUGGUCAUUUAUUUUGGUGCAGGAUUGCCCCCAGCUUUCCAAAUCUCGGCUGACUGAAAAAACACAGACAACCCAUGCAUCGAAAGGGCCAGGGAUGAAGGGCCGUUCAGCUUCUCUUACCCUUUCAUGUACAAAUUUGCUAUUUCAUUCUUUCCAGCUAUUUCCAAGAGUUCCAAGAGUCAUUUGCCAUCAGGAAAAUGUGUGGCGGUCUUGGGAAUAUUUGGCUGUCACAAAACAGUGCUGCUCAAUUAUGGCACUGUAUGCAGAAGCAUAGAGCUCAUUUUGUACCAGAGAGUCAUGCUAACUACGGUAAUGUGACAAGUAGCUCACAUGUGAUUCUGUUUUUCUUAUAUAUUGUGACAUAAUAGGUCUGCAUUUACAUCCUACUUACACAAUUGCCUGCUCGCCUGAUUUCUGUGGUCCUUCAGAAUAUGCUUUUGAUUACUGUUGGGUGCAGUUUAUUAGUGUGACACCCAUGAUGUUGUUGCAGAUUCAUUCUCAUGCUUGAGAACACCCAGUUUGUCUGUGUAGUUUUAAAACAAAACUUGGGGUCUUAUCACUUUCGAAGCCUGUAUUUAAAGGCCAGAUUUUUCAAUGCAAUUGGGUUGCAAUUUAGCCUUCUGAAUUUUCAAAUCAGCCUGUCAUCUGCUACCAAGUCCACUUCCUGGAAAAAUCUGAUCAGCUGUUAGGAAACCAACAAUCAUUUUCAUUUUGUGACAAGUAGGAGGGCCUGGACAUUUAGUUGAUGUCCAGGCAUAAACCUCACCUCUCACUAACCAUCCACCAGAAAUAUUUGGUGCUGUGAAAGAAAACUGGACCACCUACCUCCAGAUAGACCACCCAAGGCAUGACCAGAGUUGCUAGCAAGAGAUCUGCCACUGCCAGACUGACGAUCAGGUAAUUAGUGGUAGUCUGAAGGGCUUUUUCCCUGGACACAGCCAUACACACCAGCACAUUGCCAAAAACUAUAACAAAGAUGAGGAGGGUGAGCAACAUGGCAUAGUAGUUGUACUGAGGCUUCUGGUCUGCAUCGGACUCGUUGAGUGGCUUGCUCCAGUUCCUGUUGCCGAUGUCACCAUUGUACCAGGAGAGGUUUAGUGGAUCCAUGAAGGUGAAAGUGCCACGUUCCAGCUGCACCCUGUCACAGAGAAGAUGUCAAGAAGACAGUCAGAGGCCAAAAAUCUAAAAAAUAAAAUCAUCAUGAAUAUGCUACCUUAUAUAGAGUCUUGUUGCCAACACGUAAGCUAGUAUGCCCUGCAAAGAUUGCAAUAUUUAAUGGCCUAAAGGGGAAAGUAUGGGACCAGGUCUGGAACUGUAGGUGGUGUCGCGAGCAAGCUGAUGUUAGCUGAUCUGCCUGUGCCUCAGUGACUCUGUGUCUGAAGAAAAUGAAACACCCCUUCCAGAGUGCUGAAAUAGUGCAGCUCAGAAUACAGACAGACAUUUCUCCUGCAAUAGCUGAAAAUGAUGCUUUGCAAUUUCAGAGAGAUAAUUCAGAGAAACUUUUACAGAGGAUGAUAUAACUCAAGCUUUAAAAAUCUUUUUAAAGGGGUAAAAUUGACACAUAAAUAUUCUGAGAACUUUUCUCUUUUGUCAUAGUGUCUAUCCCAAUUCCAAAUGAAAAAUAUGGAAUUGCUUAAUUUGCAUAGUUUUUUUUUUUUUUUUAAAGCAAAUAGCAAGCAGAUUAUAAAACAUCUUGAUCCCAGGCUCUGUGGAACCAUCUCUGGGUGUAUGUGUGCACACACACAGAGGCACAAAAGUAUGUGUUUAUGGAUGAUGGGUUGUAUUUCCUCUCUCAAUGGACCUGCUUACAUGCCUAAAUCUCACAUUCAUGCAAAUGACAGAAAAGCUUCAUUAUUUACUGCUUCUUUAGUGACUAGUGCUGGCUUUUCUGAGAUGCUGAGCAGUCUCAAGUGACUCUCUGUACCUAGUAUCUGAUGUCCUUUGAUUCUCCCUGAGUUUUCUUCUGUAGCCAGUUCCUGCACACCUACAUGGGCAUAUUAUUCUGGAUGGGUUCGUCAGCAAAAGUACAGCAAUUUGACAGUACCAAAUGGAAAUUCCCCUUGCAUCCCUGUGUGAUGCUGGUUUAAAGUUUUGCUUUAGCAAAGGCUACAUAUGGAUGCAGGGCAUUUUAAAACAUACUAUUUAAAGUUCCUCUAAUUUAGCCCUCUUUCUGCAGGAAAAGCUUCAGACAGUAUCAGUACAAAAUCCAAGAGGAGAUAAGCAAAUAUAUUUAUUUUAGAGAGGAUAAUCUUUACACAUCUAAUAAAAGCCUAGGUUUCAGUCAGAUUUUUGACAUGUUCCCGAUUUCUGGAUGCAAGCAUAUAAUCCUUCCAAUCCACUCAAUAGCACUCUCAGUGGGAUCAAAAGGCACCUUCAUGCUAUUUUAGUCCGACGUUAGAUAAGGCCUAGUUGACUGGCAUCCCACCACACACACCAUAAUCCUGUUUUCCAACUUAUAUCCUGCUGUCUCUGGCUGAAGCCCAUACAAUGGCCUUGUGAACUACAAAAGCCACUGGGAGGUCUUAGCAGAAGCACGGAGUCUUGCAGGAGGCAGGAUGCCUCUGUUUUAGGGCAACAGGUUUUGCCAAGCGAGGUGGCUUCUUGUGUUUCUCUUCAGGACAGGACGAGGCACUUCCCACUGUGAUUUCCCUGCAGGGUCAUCAGCAAAGACAGUGAUGCUCAUAUCCUGAAAAGCCCUCCCAGGCAGUGCAGCUACCGGGCAGAGACAAGCUGCUCCCACAGUUAUGAUGUAUCUUGUUUUGUUUCUCUUGUUUAUUGCUGUUACUGUAUUGGGUAUUAGCUAGUGUCUAGAUAUUUUCAUGGGGACAUGGAAAAUUCUAGGCCGUCUCCUUUAUCACUGACCUGCUGCUUUGGUCACAUUUUGAAAAACUGGGCUGGAUUCAUUGCUAUGGUUUUCUUAUUGAUUUUACAGUUCUGUAAUCAUUUAAAUCAAUACAGAUGCAUUGGAGGAAGAUUGUUAUCUGUUAAGCAAUUACUGUUGAAAUGGAUUGCUACUGAAAGUAGUUGCUUCUAGCUCAAUAAAUCAUAUCAAGUUUUGACCUAAUGUGCCCAUUCUUUCUUCUGUGUACGUCUGCAUUUUGAAAUUUGCCUUUUUUAAAGGAAAUAAAAGUAUCAGCACAGAG